GCCCACUUUAAACAACGCGUUAUUUCACGGUAGACGAUCAAAGCGCCCAACCUCACGACUUUGGCAAGGCGCCUACUAGACCUCGUCGAAGUUCAGAGCCCACUCUUUCGACUUCGAAAGCCCUACCUGAACCACAGACCAUGUCGUUCUUUGGAGCGGGCAGUUCAACCACGGCGGGAACGAGCACUACGGCGCCGGUCGAAAAGGAUGUCGAAGUUGCUGACCCGCCGACGGACUCCAUCUCGUCGCUCUCGUUCUCACCACAGGCAGAGUACCUCGCUGUUGCAAGUUGGGAUCAAAGUGUUCGGAUAUACGAAGUAGGACCUCAGGGACAGACGCAGGGCAAGGCCAUGUAUCAACAUCAAGGCCCCGUGCUGGACGUCUGUUGGAACAACGACGGCACGAAAAUCUUCUCUGGAGGCGCUGACAAUGCAGGGAGAAUGUUCGACGUGACGACUGGCCAGGCUACACAGGUUGCUCAGCAUGACGCCCCUGUAAAGGUCGUAGGCUGGGUCAACACCCCUCAGGCCGGAAUUUUGGCGACUGGGAGUUGGGACAAAACGAUCAAGUAUUGGGACUUGCGAACACCCAACCCUGUCGCGACAGUCACUCUCCCAGAGCGAUGCUACACUUUCGACAUCCAAUUCCCUCUGAUGGUUGUUGGAACGGCCGAACGACGCAUUCAGAUUUAUAAUCUCAGUAACCCUACCACUGUCUACAAGGAGUUGCUGUCGCCGUUGAAAUGGCAAACACGAGUGGUCUCGUGUAUUACCGCAUCAGAAAAGAGCGGAUUUGCGGUUGGAAGUGUUGAAGGGCGAGUGGCUGUUCACUAUGUCGAAGACAAAGACGCAGCGAAUAACUUCUCGUUCAGAUGCCAUCGCCGAGACUCUACUCCCAACUCCAAAGACCAAUCGCAGAUAUUCGCUGUAAAUUCCAUGGCUUUCCAUCCCGUGCAUGGGACGCUAGCGACAUGCGGUUCUGAUGGUACCAUGCACUUCUGGGACAUCGAGGCAAGAACGAGAUUGAAGAGCUUCGAUCCUGCCCCUGGCCCGAUUUCUACUGGAGGUUUCAAUCGCAAUGGUACAUUGUUUGCCUAUGCAAUCUCGUACGAUUGGUCCAAAGGACAUUCUGGUAUGACUCCAGGUCAUCCUAACAAGCUGAUGCUACACCCUUGCAAAGAAGAAGAGGUUAGGAAACGCAGCAGGAAGUAA